AUGGGGUGGAUGAAAAAGCCUCCACAGCAAGAGAAGGGGGUCACAAUUCACAUGCUCGCAGGCACGCCGUGGGUCGCCGCUGCGGCAGCUCUGCCGUACUUCCUCACACAACCGCUUCGUUGCUCGCAUCAGCUGUGGAUCGAAGCAGCUCUGCGAGGUCAGUCUUGCAGCCGGCAUUGUGCUCUUCUUCAUCAACGAUGUCCCCUCUCCUCCAAGGCGUCAGUAAUGCCACGGAGUUUUGCAUCCACACACACACAGCGAGGCUGGAAUCCCACAGAGCGCGAAACAGGCACCGCUCAGGCAUCCGCUGCUGCCACGAGAGCAGCGCCGGCCAGUGCGAAGACGACCCACCACAAUGAGGACAGUAGCCAAGACGCAGCAGCAAGGCUGAACGCUGCUACACCGCCGCCGUCAUCGUCGUCUGAAGCAGCCCAUCCCUACUCCGUGCGUGCCUACCGUGCACAGCUUAUGCACGGCACAUACUCUUCCCUGCGCGAGUUGACGCGGGCCGCCUAUGCACCAGCCCCGCUGAAGGUGCUGACUGACCUACUGCAGCUCUCUGUGAACCUGAGCUGUCACGACACCGAGCUCUCGCUCAGGUCCUCCUUUUCAGCCUCGUCGCCAGCCACCCCCACACCCCUCGCUCAGUCCGGGGCACGAAAUGCACUUAGCAGAGCACGCGACGUUCAGCACGUGCUCCAGCUAGCACUGGCGGAGGCACACGACAUCGUGCUCGCCGCCCAGACGCUAGGCGACAUUGCAAGCCACGCCGCCCUGGAGCACCUCCUUGCCCAGCUGGAAACGCUUGUCAACGCGACAGACGCCUGUGUGCAUGCGCCUGCGCCCGCGACACCAGGCCGGUCCUCUGUCACCGUCCCAGCCCCACUGCCGUCAGCACCACCCGCGUGGAUUAUGCCGGUCGCCACGCAUGCUGCAUUGCUUCACGGACUUCUUCGACUCGCCACCGCUACUGGGUCUCGUCUACAAGCCCUGACCACCUUAGACGACCUCCUCUCAUUGCAGGAGCGGCAGCUACACUCUGUCUCUGCUCUGCACGGAAGCGGUCAGCGCCACCGUGGCGAUGGAGACGAGGAUGACGACAGCUUCAGCAUGGAUGACGCCGUUGCACUUGUCGACGCCGCAGCGCAGCAGUAUGUUGAGCCUGUUACGGCACAGGAUCACCUGUGCGCCAUGCAGGCGUGUGCCAAGGAUCAUAAUCGAGACUUUGCCACGGCUCUCAGUCUCUACCGCCGCUUCGUACAGCACGCUGAAGUUGGUCGCUUCGCUGUCACACCAAACGACUUUACUCAUGCACUGAUCGCUCUUGCACACAGCAGCCGUACGACUACCGAUUUCACUGAACUGCGAGCGUUGCUGAGGGAGAGCGAAGCGGCAGCGGUCGUGCCUGUGAGCGUGUCCCUGUACACAGCCAUCAUCGAUGCAGCGAGCCGCGCCGUUGAGGAGCCACAGCGCAUGGCUAUUGCCCUGUCCAUGUAUCGACGUCUCCGCGACGUGGGUCUGACACCGACUCCAGAUACGUACGCAGCGCUGAUCGCUUGCUGCGCCUCGACCCGCGAGCCGACGCACGCGUUCGCCUUCUACCACGAGGCACGGCAGGUCUGCGGCGUAGGGCGCUUUACUCCCCAGGUGUAUACAAACUUGCUGCUGUCCUACACGGCUGCCGGCUACGGCGCCGAUGCCCGCAAGACGCUCGACGUACUGGUGGAGGCCGGUGCCCCGCUCUCCCGUGCCAGCUUCCACGCCGUCCUUGCCGGUGCCGUGACGGUACGGGAGGCGCAAGAAGUUAUCGAGCUCAUGACAGAGCGCUACCACAUCGCCCCAACGCCGCACACCUACGCCUACGUAGCGCAAGCCGUGGCGAGGUCACCGAAGGGGGCAUCCACAGCACUGCAGCUCACUGACCUUCACGAGGAUGCAAUGCGGUCACUCGCACAGAUGACAGACACAACAGUGCGCUCGCCUGGUGGGGAUGAUGGCGGUGAGGCACAGAUCGCCGGCGGGAAAGCGAUGAGCACGUCUGCGGAUGGAGUGGCACUGGAGCCGAUACUGCUGGAGCGCUACCCGCUGUAUGUGCGGGCGUUGGAGCAGGCCCUCAUGCGAUUGCGCGUCGACCUCAGCAUGGACAGUCGCCUGAGGCCGUAUCUGAUGCCGCUCAUCCGCAUAGCCCAACAGCGCAUGAACGCCUUUACUGGAAUGCCGCCGCAGUCGCCAACGCACGUCCCUGAAAAGGAGCGUCUCUGCGUCGCCGUCCUGGCAGCCGACGUGCUCGCUAACGUGGAUGAGUGGGUGGUGCCGUUCAUCUCACACUACUCCGUUCUGGUGAUUCCGUACUCAGCUCUUGUGUCGCUGCAGCGUGGUGGUGGGCGGCGCAUCGACGGCGCUAUGCCCAAAGGCUCACAGGCGGGUCGGCACGACGUCGUCUGGCAAGAGACAACAGGGGGACAAGAGUCUGACGCGGUGGUGGAACACCGUCGGCGUCGCCUUGCACGCUUUCUGAAGCAAUACAAGGACGUGAUUCACCUUGUGUCGCUGGAAGAGGAGCUGCGCUGGAGCCGCGAGACACGCCGAUACGGGGUCGGUGUAACGGACCUGUUUGCGCGUGCAGCUGUCACGGCGUUGCAUCUCGCGCGGCACAACAGUCCCAGUAGCAGCGGCAGCGUGUACGCGCAGCACCCCAACGUCUCCGUUGUGCUGGUGUCUGCCACCUACAAUGGGUGCGGCAAGUACGUGGUAGCGCUGAAGCAAGCGUAUGCCGGCCGAACGAAAAGCAGCGCCACGGCAGGUAGGACAGCGGAGAGCGCGCCUGGGCUGAGGGCAGCACUGAGUCGAGUGUCGUACCAUAACCCACGAACUAACCCGAGCUGGGCUCCACCCACCCUAGCCAUUGCGUCGCCAGAAAAGGACGCGAAGCACGAGGGGGACGACAAGAGGCACGCGCCGGUCACGUUCACAGUUCCGGCGAGCGAGACACACGUCAGGGGAGGGGCAAGAACUACGGAAGACAACACCGCGAGUGAUGCAACCGCCUCGGUGGACAGAGCUCUUGACGUCGAUGGCAAGGGUCUUGGGUCAGCAUGGCAUGCCUCUGCGCUCGACGCUGAUGCUGCCUGGCAACUCUACUGGAAGUCCCUGCAGCAGGCGUCUACUCCAGAACACAGGGGUGCGCUAAACGACGGCAGUGUGAGGAAUCUGAGUAGCAGCGACGGCGGCAAGUCGAGUAUUGCGAUGGAAGAAAGAAAAGUAACGCUGCAGCUGCCACCGAGCCAGCCCUCGCCCACAGCGCCGACGUCGCCUACACUUCCUCCUCCGCCUCCGCCAACCUCAUCCACCAGUGCAAACACCGACGGCAACCUCGACGCGCUUCUCCUCAUGUCGCUCUUUAACGACUGA